CGACUUCUCUUCGCGCAGCCAUGUCGCGUCGUGCGGCGCGCACUCUCAAAUAUCCCUCCACCGCAAUCGCGGAGUCUGUCUGACACUGAUGAAUGUGGAUUUCCUCUGACGCCGACAUGCUUCCGCCAUCCAGCGCCUACACGAUCUUUCGGCUCUCAGCGCACCCACGGAGGGCACUCCAGAAUACGAACGUCUGAAGAAUGGGCUGGAGGGACUGGUCCGCUUAGUUGAGGCUGUGAAAUUGGUGGAUACAGAUGGGGUGGUCGUAGCCUCGCGAGUGAUUGCUGAAACCUCAGCUGAAGAUGGCGGAGACGCGCUUCAGGGAGGUAGGACGCUCCUUCGACACUCUAAGAGAACUUCUGGUGGAUUCUAUGUUGUAGACGCCAACAAGCCGCAAUGAUAUUUGUGCCGAUGGCACUCCAUAGCAUUGCCUAACGUCCUUGCAAUACCCAAGCGGCAAGCUCGCGAAGCCUAGCUAUCUCAUCAUCGAGACCAUAUCAGCCUAGCAUAAGUGUAACCCUAUAGCAGUCACGGAUACGGAAAUCGCUGGAGCCAUUAGUGUUGAAGAGUCGUGGCAUGAACUCAAGUUACAGAUCAAAAAAUAUGCAAGAACUGAGGGAGAUGAUACGAGUUCACAGUGAACCGUGGCCACCGGUGGAACCGAACCCGCCAGCACCGCGAAUGGUCUCCUCGAGGUCCUAAAGCAGAGUUGGAAUAUGAACUUCCCAGGAUGACGAAGAGCAGACCUGGACCUCAAGCACAUCGGGAGUGUAGAUUUUCUCAAUGAUCAGCUGCGCGAUACGGUCCCCUUCCUCCAC